AUACGACAGACUAUUCUAUAUAAAUAAAGUGCAUUGCGCUAAAAAAUUCAAUUUUAUUUGGUAGACGACAGUUUCUGUGGCUAACAAUGAUCCGUGCAGUAGUACUUAGCUUAUUUUGUGUGGCGUAUGCUAUGUCAAUGACGACAACGCACAAACCUCAUCAGACCCACCACCCCCAUGGCUCGAGACCAACAUCUGAACCCGCUGAACACGAAUUUUUCAGAUUUUCAUAUGAGCCACACACGCAUAUGAUGGUUGUUGUAAAUGGACAUUUAUGUUACAUGUUCACAUUGUCAGAUGCCGAGAGAGCUGCGAUACAUACUGACGCCGGUAUCAGGGCCGUUGAGUUAAAACUUUUAAGCACACUCAGCACUGCGUCUGUAACCGAGGUAACAAAAGACCAAAUUGAUGUCAGGAUUGCACAUGCCUGUGGAGCACAUACAACACAUUAUUACAAAGAAACUACUGUGUAAUAUAACCAACUGUGAUAUGAAUGUCAUUAAAUAAAUUUUGUCACUUA